CUUGGGGAAGAUAUGGCAACUUGAACUUCGCUUAUCUCGAUUGCGUUUAGACACAAAGCUGACAACUGUCCCCCACUUCAAGGCUGACUAUCUACGUCCAUUCAUCACUGACAAAUCCAAUUUUAACACUUAAGCCUCCUGCAGACCGUGGCUCACUGAGCGUGUUCCGAAUCAUACUUCAACUGUUCAAUUAUCACUACUAUGUCUCUCCCACCCUUGCCUCGCCUAGAGCCAGCGAAGUUCCGUUGGUUACCCUCACCAGACGACCCCCGGUCUAUCAGGCGCCUUGCUGUCGGCACCGAAGCCUGGGUCGGUUUGCGAGAACCGAACUCUCGUGGUCAAUACGAUAACUAUCUGAAUACGUCUCUCCGCAUUCAUGUCCCUGGAUUCUCGCUAGAUACAAUCGCGUUGCAGAUUUCCAAAGCACUUGUCAACCUCCGAUUCCAGCACCCUGAAAUAGGAUGCUCAGUCGCCUGGACCACCGACCAAGCCCCUCCCUUUAUCGUCUAUACCUCGCCAAUCUCUAACGAAGCUGCCUUAGAAUGGGCCCGCAGCAUCGUUUCAGCAAUUGCAACGGUCAGAACUGGGCUUGAAGUUGCUGCGGAAAUUUCGAAAGAGCGCCAAAAGAGACCAGAGCCACUACCCCCCGUCAAAGUCUAUGUCGUAGCUCAAGUGCUAGAGACAAGCACUCUACUUGAAGCUGACGCUCGAGUGGACGUUCUCUGUGCUUUCAAUCACAUUCACUGGGAUAGCAUUAGUUCUCGUAUAUUCGUUGGUGACUUACUUCGCGGCCUUGGUCAACAUCUCAACGCAAGCGGCCAGAAUACAGCAGUCAACACUCUGCAGCAUCCUUGGGGCAAGGAAAUUGUCAACCUCAACGAGCCGGUCCUUGAUGCAUGCAAAACUGUUGUGGAUGCACUGGGGGAAGACUAUGAAAAGACGCGAGAUGAAUUUAUCACAGAGUUGCUCAAAAGUGCGACAAGUUGGGGACUUCCUGUCACCAACACUGUAGGCACGCCUCGCACCAUUUGGGCCAGCUUUAGUGCAGAUCAGAGUCAAGUCAUCGGGAAGGCUAUCAAGAGUCGGCUUGGACCGCAUUUCACCUUUACUCACCUCGGCCAUGCCGCCAUGGUGCUAGCGAUACUUCGAGUUUGCCCCUUGUUGCCUGAUGCCUCGGAUUCUAUAUUCCUUUCCUCGCCAUUGCCAGUCAACGGCAGGCGCUAUCUCACUAGUAGCGACGCGAGCAUUCGCUAUGGAUCGUGUCAGGCUGGCGCUUCUGUUGAAUUUGCACCACUUCGAUCGUACGUCGUGGACGAAGGAAAUCCUGAAGCCAUCAAGGCAACUCUCGUGAGACUGGCUCGCUAUGUUAGAGACAGCUACGAGUAUUGGCUGAAGAAUGAGUUCCAAUUGGUCAUUGACCAGGCCAAGAGCAACUUCUUGGCGAGCUUUUUAGCAUCCACUCCUAGAGCGCCUUCGUCCUUCUCGCCCACAAGCUUUCCGGCCUUCGUUAGUGACGGUAUAGUCGAUAAAUAUCUCCCAGAAGCCAUUUUCAGCACCAGUAGCGAAAGGACAUUUACAGUGGAAAGCUGCCAUUUCCAUCUGACGACUUAUUCCUCUGAUGUGCUUGUUCGAAUGGACAGUUGGAAGGGUGAGACUGGUCUUUCCGUCUGCUUCAAUGAUGGACGUCUUGACGAGACACUCGCAAAAACGUUUCUGGAUGCUAUAGUCGAUUUCAUGAUGGUCUUUGCCAACUGAGUCUUCAUCGGAAGAUGGGACUGCGCUUCAGACGGGUUUCUAGUCUUGCCAUAUGACUCGACUUACAGGAAUCACGGCUUUUGAUCACUGUUAGCUAUGAACAGAAAUCAAUAGAACCACUUGCAAGUGUCUGAUCAUUACCUUUGAAGGGGUAU